CAGCAUUCAGAGAGAGACCGGCGUUCAACAAGAACAGAGGAAGACGAGCUGAGUAGAGGCUCAGUUGAGGAGAAUUCAAUCCAUUCUGAGGAUAAAUCAUAACAUUCAGACUGACCUGUGGAUGAUUCCGUUUUUCAUUCUUUUUUUACCCUGUAUAUUUUUUAAGGUGAGUCAUUAAUCGGAACAGACAUGAACAUUUUGAUAAUCGCAGUAAUGUGUCACCUCGACGUCUGCCUGGGAGAUGAAAGAAUUGCAACUUCUUUGAGAACCUUUCCUGUUUAAGAGAAACAUUGGGAACUUAAGGGGAUUUAUUUUUCACAUUGAACUUUCAUUUUCAGUUUUUACGUCACUGUUAUUUUACUCUUUACGGGAAACGUUUUCUUUUCUCAUAAAAGGAAGAAAAGGAGGUGACUGGCCAAGUUUCUCUAAGAGGAACUCAGAUAUAAUUUGCAUUCCAGUUUGGUUCUCACAGGGGACAAGUCCUCCCUUGUGUGUGUGACUGAGUGUGUUUUUGUGAAGCUAAGUGUCCCUCUACAAGACAUUAAAGUGUCUCGGGGGGCAAUAUCCGGGCCUGUGUGUCUCUUCUGGGAUCAUGGGAUCAGAAAAGGACUCCGAGUUACCUCACUCCUUGGUGAGCGGCAUCCCUAACCCUAAGUGCCGUGCGGCUGGCAAACGCCACAGCCGCAUCUCCUUCCACAGCCUCUUCCGAAGCAAACGGGGUGCCAGGGGCCCCAAAGGAGCAGCAGCCACCCCUUUAUCCCAUCUCCACCAACAUCACCACACACAACAACCGCUUCCCCCUUCUGCCUUGAGCUCAGCACCCCCUGCAGCCUCUGCUACUCCCACAACAACCACCGCCACCACGACCCCCCAGGACGCUGCCUCCGGCACGGCCUCAGAGCCACUCUCCUCCAGCCAGCCGUCCCUGUAUGGAGCCCCUUCCUCUGGGGAUGCCAGCCUCCUGGAGUGCCCCCUGUGCCUGGUGCUCCAGCCCCCUGAGCAGCUGCCUGAGCUGCUGGGCUGCAGCCACCGCUCCUGCCUCUGUUGCCUGCGCCAGUACCUCCGCAUUGAGAUCACAGAGAGCAGAGUCCAGCUCAGCUGCCCUGAAUGUGCCGAGAGACUGUCUCCGCGGCAGGUGGCGGACAUCUUGGACGACGCGGCCCUGCUGGAGAAGUAUGAGGAGUUCUUGCUGCGGAGGUGCCUGGCCUCUGACCCGGACUGCCGAUGGUGCCCGGCGCCUGACUGCGGGUUUGCAAUCAUCGCCUCAGGCUGUGCCAGCUGUCCCCGGCUGGUGUGUCGCAGAGAGGGAUGCGGAGCCGAGUUCUGCUACCACUGCAAGCAGGCCUGGCACCCCAACCAGACCUGCGACUCUGCCCGCCAGCAGAGGGCGCAGUCCCUGCACACACACAGCAACCACUCGCCCAGCUACACACAGGAGCAGGGCCCCGCUGAUGACAUCAAGCCGUGCCCUCGCUGCGGCGCCUACAUCAUCAAGAUGAACGACGGCAGCUGCAACCACAUGACCUGCGCCGUCUGCGGCUGUGAGUUCUGCUGGCUCUGCAUGAAGGAGAUCUCCGACCUGCACUACCUCAGUCCAUCUGGCUGCACAUUCUGGGGGAAGAAGCCUUGGAGCAGGAAGAAGAAGAUCCUGUGGCAGCUGGGGACCCUGAUCGGAGCUCCGGUGGGCAUCACGCUCAUCGCAGGCAUCGCUGUCCCCGCCAUGGUCAUCGGCAUUCCUGUGUACGUCGGCCGCAAGAUCCACGCCCACUAUGAGCUGAAGAAGACAUCCCGCCACAGGAGGAACCUGGCCAUCACCGGGGCGGUGGCCCUGUCCAUCAUCACCGCCCCUGUCAUCGCAGCUGUCAGCGUCGGUAUUGGUGUUCCCAUCAUGCUGGCCUACGUGUACGGCGUGGUGCCCAUAUCUCUGUGCAGAGGAGGGGGCUGCGGGGUCAGCAGGGGGAAGGGGCGAGGAGUACGCAUUGACUUUGAUGAUGACGAUGGUCCAAUCACAGUGGCGGAUGCGUGGCGAGCCCUGAAGUCCCCGAGCUUCGGUGACAGCAGUCUGGACGGGGCGCUCAGCGUUAUGAGCACCACCUCCCCCAGCGAGGGGCUCUCCGUGGCCCCCGGGAGUCUGGGGGACACACCACACUUCUACCCCCUGGCAGGCGGCACCCUGGGAACCCGCAGCGGAAAGUACAGCAGGCUAGAGGGGCAGGCGGGGGACUCGGCCCAGAGGGAGACGGGAAGCCUGGGGGCGGGGAGCGACUGCGCCAGCACCCGAGGGAUGGCCGGCUCCAUCAUCUCCUCCUACACCCUGCCUGACAGGGAGUGCACCAACCUGGAGAUCCAGGUGGACAUCGAGACCAAACCCAGCCAUCUCUGCCUGACCAGUGAGGAGGACCUGACCCAGCCCCCGGGCUCUGCUGCCAUGGCGACCGCCUCCAGCGUGGAGGAGCCUCAGGACUGUAGCUCCAGGAGGGGCGGGGCUUUGUCUGGCUCCGUGCUGGGCCUGUCCGAGAGGGAGGGGCUCAGAGACGUGACGCUGGCCCAGCCCGAGAGCAUCCGCAGCGACCUGGAGAUGUCGGACACUCAGUCAGACGACAUUGCAGAGCUGACGUCGGACGACUGUGACUCCCCCCACCCUAAAAGCUGUCACCUGGCGGCCGGUCAGCAGCCGCCUUCCUGCAGGGCGCUGACCCCCCCCGAAGGCCUUCACUGUCCCGCGGACAGCACCGUCAUCCUCUACGUCUGAGAGGACAGCUCCCGAGAUUGUAGAAAAGAAAAAGGAACCAAUCUCUUCUCCACUUUCCUUCAAGACUUUUUCUUUCUUUUGCACUGAAGAAACUGAAACGUUGACUUUAUUUAAAUGUAUAUGUCAACAGAUUUCAC